GCUUCGUGCAGCCGUAGUUGAGAGUUAGCAGGCUAACUAGAGAAAGAAAGCUAACUAAUCGUGAGAGUGUAAGUGGAAGACAACUGUCAAAAGAGAAAGGAGAACAAAAAGUCCAGAGGAGUAAAAAUUGAGUUAGUUUAUUACAUAAUCCGAUUUAUAGUUAGUUAGUAGAGCAAAAGAGCGUGUUUAUCAGAUGCCUGAGGAGCAUUUUGGAUACUACAUCGAUUGUCCCAUUUCCAAACGGAAACCAUUUCUGGACAGACAGUUCGUGCGAGCUAGCUUCUAUUCUUGAAUAAUCCAGGAGACUCUUCAUUGUCACCUCAAACCCAGACUGAAUGUUUGGUCUGUCAUGAGUCCGGCCGGGUGCUCCCAUGUGAACGGUUAUAAGGUGGAUAAUUGGAAACAAAACCUUCGAGUCAUUUACCAAUGCUUUGUUUGGAGUGGUUCUGCUGAGACCAGGAGACGCAAGGCCAAGUCGUGUAUCUGUCACAUGUGUGGCGCCCACCUGAAUCGACUCCACUCUUGUCUCUACUGUGUGUUUUUUGGCUGUUUUUCGAAGAAACAUAUCCACGAACACGCGAAAAACAAGAGACACAAUCUAGCAAUUGACUUAUUGUACGGUGGAAUAUAUUGUUUUGUGUGUCAAGACUACAUUUACGACAAAGACAUGGAACAAAUUGCCAAAGAGGAGCAGAGGAAAGCGUGGAAGUUACAAGGCAUUGGGGAGAAAUACACAACGUGGGAGCCGACCAAGAGGGAGCUGGAAUUAUUAAGACACAAUCCAAAGCGGAGAAAAAUCACUACAAACUGUACUAUAGGUUUACGAGGGCUAAUAAACCUGGGCAACACAUGCUUCAUGAACUGUAUCGUUCAGGCCCUAACGCACACGCCACUGCUGCGGGACUUUUUUCUCUCCGACCGACACAAGUGCGAGAUGCAAUCAAACUCCUGUCUGGUGUGUGAGAUGUCGCAGCUCUUUCAGGAGUUCUACUCGGGCCACCGUUCACCCCACAUUCCCUUCCGGCUGCUGCAUCUGGUGUGGACUCACGCACGUCACCUCGCCGGCUACGAGCAGCAAGACGCUCACGAGUUCCUCAUCGCAGCGUUGGAUGUACUCCAUAGACACUGCAAAGGAGACACGAUCAGAGACGACAAUGGGAAGAAGGCCAACAAUCCAAACCACUGUAACUGCAUCAUUGACCAAAUCUUCACCGGGGGCCUGCAAUCAGAUGUUACCUGUCAGGUUUGCCAUGGGGUUUCCACAACGAUAGAUCCGUUCUGGGACAUCAGUUUGGACUUGCCAGGCUCAUCCACGCCUUUCUGGCCUCUCAGCCCUGGAGGAGAUGGCAGCGCCGUCAACGGAGAGAGCCACCUGUCAGGAUCUACCACGCUCACAGACUGCCUGCGCAGGUUUACACGACCCGAGCAUCUCGGAAGCAGUGCCAAAAUCAAGUGUGGUGGUUGCCAUAGUUACCAGGAGUCCACCAAACAGCUGACAAUGAAGAAGCUCCCCAUUGUAGCAUGUUUCCAUCUCAAACGGUUUGAGCACUCUGCUAAACUGCGGAGGAAAAUUACUACAUACGUUUCCUUCCCUCUAGAAUUAGACAUGACUCCCUUCAUGGCAUCCAGUAAAGAGAGCAGAAUGAAUGGGCAGUAUCAACAGUCGGGUGAUGUAUUAAACAACGACAAUAAGUAUUCCUUGUUCGCGGUGGUCAACCACCAAGGAACAUUAGAGAGCGGCCACUACACCAGCUUUAUCCGUCAGCACAAAGACCAGUGGUUCAAAUGUGAUGAUGCCAUAAUCACCAAGGCCAGCAUUAAGGAUGUACUUGAUAGUGAAGGGUAUCUCUUAUUCUACCAUAAACAGUUCCUGGAGUAUGAGUAGUCCUUGUGACCAGUGACCAUGAAGAACAGCUGCUUUGAAGGGGGAGAGAGUCAUGGGACUUGGGGGGCAAGGUGAAAUAAAAACACACAAACCUACCUGAAACCUUUGACUACCAGUCUGCUUCUCCGGCUUCGGAGGAUACAAAAGAAAUACUAAAAGACAUGUAAAAUCAUGCAGUCUUUCAAAAAAAAAAAAGAACAAAAAACAA